AUGUAUAUCCCCCCGCAUCCCACCCUCUCCGAGCAGGAGUUGAGCGCCCGUCUUGCAGCCUGGGCAGCGGAGUCAAACCGCUUCCCAUGGCUCUCGUCCCAAGAUCUCUCCGAAUGGUUCCAUAUCGUUGAAGAAGCUUGCGAAGACACCAAUAUAGCGAGCUCUCAAUGGGCGGAUGCGGCCGUAGUGCUAAUUUCUGAGCCUAACCUGAAGUCUGCAGUUCAAGACCGCAGGGAACAGCAUCUCAAAGAGACGGGACAGUCGCAAUGGGAGUGGUUGGAUUUUAAGGACGAUUUGAGGGAACUAAUUGUGAAUGGCAUUCCCCCGGAUACCAGUACAGGUACACGAAAUCCCAGUGAAGAAGGGAACGAUAGCCCACAGCACCUGGCAGAGAGGCUGUCCGCUUGGGCAUCGCAGCAAAAUCGAUACCCCUGGUUCAGUGGCUCGUCAAAGGACCUCUUGGAAUGGUUCACAAUAGUUGAAGAGGCCUUCGAGGACAACCAACUCUCCCACAAAGAGUAUACCGAAGCCGCCAUUUUCUUUAUCUCUGGAGACUUGAAGCCCGUGAUGGAAGAACGGAGGCUGAAGUACCUCGAGAAAUCUGGCGACGAAUUCUGGAGCUGGGACGGAUUUAAGGAGGAUAUCACGAGAGUGAUUGAUGAGGCCGAACGAAUCAUUGCCCAGGAACAGUCAAUGCCUGGCGGUAGAUUAGGGAAGACAAAGAAUGCUGUCUCUCGAUUCAACCAGGAUCACCCUUACAUUGCCGCUUCCGCCAAUGCUGGUCUCGUUGUAGGAGGCGCAAUGAUAUUUGUUCCAGCUCUCGGACUUCUGGCCCUCCACGCCAUUGGAAUAACCCUUGGCGGGGUCGCUGUUACGUCUGUUGCAGCAGCGAUGCGAUCUGUGGCCUACGGCGGUGCUACUGCUGGUUUUUAUUCAGUUAUGGAAUAUAUUGGAGCGAAGAAGCCGAAGGAAGAGACGCCCAAGAAACCGGAGGAUCAACCGGCCCCUCUUGCUAAUCCUCCUCCUUAUGAGUCCAUGGGUGAAGGUACUUCUACGCCAGUUCAGUACGCCGUCUUCAAGUCAAAGCGUAGGCGCCAAUAG